CUACGAACCACCCUUGCGAUUUCCUCUCUCGCCAUGACCUAGGCAUCUCUCCCAUCUUCUAACACAAUAUCAGACCCCAAAGUCGCGCCACAAUAUACCACGGCGCGCGUCGUCCUUCGGCUAGAUCUCCAUCCCCAGAUCAUGGCCUCUCCACCACACGUCCCCACGCUCAACAUCCCCCGAAAACGGCCCUCAGUCUCUAGUGUCGGCUCUGCAAACAAAAAGCGCAAGCCCUCCAACCUCCGAAACUCCUUCGCACCCGAGACCGAGCUUGGCGGCUCACCACUCCGCUUCUCGCGCUCGCCAUCAGUCGACAGUGUUGCUACAACUUCAGUCGUUAAUGGCGGAGGAGGGGGACGCAAGAAAGGCAGAGGGAGAGGUGGCGAUGGAGGGAGUGCUACUGGGAGUAUGAGAGGCGGGAAAGGUGGGAGCGAAGGCAGGAGCAUGACCGGUGCGAUGGGAGAAGUAGGGGAUAGGGGGGAUGAGGGUGAGGACGAUGAUGAUGACGAGGAGGGCGAGGGCAUGGAUGCUGUACUUGAAGGUGGAAUAGGGACUGAGGCGGCGAGGAAGCAGGAAAAGGAGAAUGAGCGUAUCCUCAUGGAAGCCAUGUCAGAAAACCAAUCCAACCGUUAUGCCAUCUACCGCCGCAUCAAACUUAAAAAAGAAAUCGUCCGCAAAAUCACUAACCAAACCCUCUCUCAAUCCGUCCCGCAACCCGUCAUCAUCACCGUGGGUUCCUACACUAAAUCCUUCAUCGGCGAGCUCAUCGACCGCGCACUCACUGUCCGCGAUGAAUGGGCCGCCUCCCGCACCCACCUCCCAAACCCCAAUAUCCCACUCCCCGUCUUGCAGAAUGCGCUGAAUGCUCCGAAGGGAUAUAAGCCGGACGCGAAACCGAGUCUGCAGGAUUUCCAGGCCGCGGGCGUCUGGCAGGGGAGUGUGGGGAAGGAGGAGAGUUUUUGGAAGGAGGUUGCGAAUGAUACGGGGUUGAGUGAGCGGCUGCAGAUGAGGGAUAAGGGGCCGCUGACUCCUGCACAUUUGAGGGAGGCGUUGAGGAGGUACAAAAGGGAUAGGGAUGGUGGGGGAGCGGGCGUGGCGGGCAUGAGUUUGGAGGGCGUAGAGAGGGCCAGGGCGAGGUUGGGGGGUAGGAAACUGUUUAGAUGAGAAGGAGUGGCUACAUUGGAGACGAGGUGAUGAUUUCUUUGGUUGAGGCGUCUCUUGGUGGAUAGCUACGUGGAUUGAUUUCUCGAGCUAGGAUGUAUGCAUCCAUAGCGUGGAGUUUUUUGGGAGGCGGUUAUCUGGGCAUGCAAUUGGCAUCAUGUCUUUUCCAGAGUCGGAAUGAGAACUCUGACUUUUUCCGCUUGGAAUACGGGUCCGUAUAGAUGGCCGUCUUUAAAUAGAGACGAAAGAGGGGCAUGUCUAACUAAUUCUAAGCAUGUAU